UGUCCUUCAAUCAGCGGCGCGCACGUGUUCGAAAAAGACAACUUCCUGUAUUAAAAAAAAAAAAAAAGAAAUCAUGAAUGAUCCGUCAUAAUAAUAAUGAAUGGGCUGCUGAAAUAAAGCAACGCGAGCGACCGCAAAGCCAUGAAUGAACGCGCGUCUGGCACAUGAGGAAGAAAAGGCAGCGGCGAGGAAAGCGUCUCCCGUCACGGCCGCAGUUCCGCCGCUCGGCCACCAGGCGUCAGUGUUUCUCCCUCUGACGCCGAGGAAGCCGCUCCUCUCGCGGACUGUUUUGAUCACAUGCUGGGAAGGUCUGAAGUUGCGGCUUCAUGUCACACAUGCGUACCGACAAAGUGAAUGGCACACGGGCGCAGAAGUGACACAGAAGAGGCGAGCAGAGAGCGGGGACGACUACCAGAGCUGAUACAAAGCAGCUGGGGGAAGUCCAGAAGAAGGCGAAGGAGAAGAACGGAGAGGAGGAGGAGGAGGAGGAGGAGAAGCGCGCCUGGAAGAGGAGGAUGAAGAUGAAAGCCGCGGGAGGCUGUGGUCGUAUCCCACCACCGGCGUCUCCGAAACCCGGGCUCUGAGGUGGGGAGGGAGCUGGAAGCGGCGUUGAAUUUGGGCUGCGUCGGGGAAAGUUCAGCGGCGGUAUACAAUGGUUAUAAAUGGGUCUCACCUGAACAGCUCCUCGCCAGACCCCAGCGUCCUGAACCGCCCGCCGUGGGUGACCACAACUUUGGGCUGCUUCCUCAUCUUCACCAUCAUCGUCGACAUCCUGGGGAACCUCCUGGUCAUCUUCUCCGUGUAUCGGAACAAGAAGCUCAGGAACGCAGGGAACAUCUUUGUGGUGAGCCUGGCAGUGGCAGACCUCGUGGUGGCCAUCUACCCGUACCCUCUGGUCCUCACCUCCAUCUUCCACAAUGGCUGGAACCUGGGUUACGCCCACUGCCAGAUCAGCGGCUUCCUCAUGGGCGUCAGCGUCAUCGGCUCCAUCUUCAACAUCACCGGCAUCGCCAUCAAUAGAUACUGUUACAUCUGUCACAGCCUCAAGUACGACAAGCUGUACAGCGACAAGAACUCUGUCUGCUAUGUGAUGCUGAUCUGGGCGCUGACUGUGGUGGCCAUCGUGCCCAACCUGUUCGUGGGUUCGCUUCAGUAUGACCCGCGAGUUUACUCCUGCACCUUUGAACAGUCGGCCAGCUCAGCGUACACUAUCGCAGUGGUUUUUUUUCACUUUAUUUUGCCCAUCAUGAUUGUCACCUAUUGCUACCUGCGCAUUUGGAUACUCGUCAUCCAGGUGAGGAGACGGGUCAAGCCAGACAAUCGGCCCAAGAUCACGCCACACGACGUGAGAAACUUUGUCACCAUGUUCGUGGUGUUUGUGCUCUUCGCCGUUUGCUGGGCGCCGCUCAACUUCAUCGGCCUGGCGGUGGCGAUCAAACCAGAGGUAGUGAUUCCCCUCAUCCCGGAGUGGUUGUUUGUGUCCAGCUACUUCAUGGCCUACUUCAACAGCUGCCUUAAUGCCAUUGUGUAUGGUGUGCUGAACCAGAACUUCCGGCGUGAGUACAAGCGCAUUGUAGUAUCAGUGUGCACGGCACGCAUCUUCUUCCAGGACAGCUCCAACGACGCAGGGGAGAGGCUCAAGAGUAAACCGUCACCACUCAUGACCAACAAUAACCAGGUGAAGGUGGACUCUGUCUGAACCAGAACUCAGAGGAUCAGUGAGCAGACAUGAAAGGAUAUGCUGUGACUGAGAGUAAAAAAAAAAAAAAGAAAGAAAGAAAAGAAAAAAAAGCUGAGUAAGAAAAAAUACCAAAUAUAAAUAUGAAGCAGCUUGUAUCCUCUGAGCUGUCCACAGACUGACAUAUGGUGCUAUCUGACCUCUGAACAAUCACAGUAAGAACAGGGGUGCAUAUUAUCUUUGUCUUUUAUCAAGCACUUUUGUUUGCAGUACCUGUAGUACAGUAAAUAUAUGAUGUCCGUUUUGUUUUCAUGUUUACAGUGAUUAUAUAAAUGUAUCAUGCAUUAUAUAAGUAUUUAUUUUGUAUGAAAUGUCAUGUAGUUGAAUAGUAAAGAUAUAUCAGGUUCCAUUAAAAAUGAAGACAAAAUUCUAUCAGGCCAAUAUAAAAAAAAUAUUCUGCAAAAAAGUUGGUUUUAAAAUAUAUCCAGAAGUUUAGAAAUGAAGUUAAACGAUUUUAAUAACCUCAUUUGUGACACUGUAACACUAAUUGAGUGCAAGCAAUGUGGGUUGCUGCUGUCUUAUUAUACCCUGCAAUACAUUAGGUGGAAUAUAUAUUUUAGUCUCUCUCUCUCUCUCUCUCUCUCUCUCUCUCUCUCUCUCUCUCUCUCUCUCUCUCACCUUGUGAGCUCAUUAUACUGUAUGCAUGGAUAUCAGGAACUGUUCAUAUGCAAAAUAAAA